CCCAUGAUAAAGUCUUCCUUUUGGCCUGUUUGUUGGUUGCAGUCCAUGGAUCAGCAGGGCAGUAUGUCUCUGGGAUUAAACAUCAGACUUGCACAGGUUUAUCUGGCUUUAACAGCCAUAUGUGUGUGUUGUGGUCAACCUCAAGAAAGCAGCUACGUCUUCAAGGGUUUUCCACAAAAUGGCCGGCAAGCAGUCCAGAGGAUGGGGACACCUGACUCUUCCAUGGGAUCUCCUGCACUUUCUCCCUCUGGGGAAUGGAUGGCUGAGUCUAAUUGGUUCCGAAGAGAGAGUGACCGCCCAGCUCCCCGAAGUCUCGCACCCGGAAGGCCACAACUCCUCACGUAUUCUUCCUCUUACUCCCAAAGUGGCGGGCCGACUGCCGUCCGACACCCCAGCCACUCUCUUCAGAGUAAUCCAGGCAGCGCUGAUCUUGGAGCACUUGCAGUGGUCCACAGCAGCCACAAUCGGCCUGUUCCAUCUCAGUUUGGCUACUGGAACACAAACCCAGUUGAGUCCGGAGCUGCAAGAAAAAGUGACUCCACCAAGAUGGUUGCGGUAGGCGAGGGUGUUUUUAUCGAGCGUCAGAAUCCUGACCGACCGUACUCCUCCCCCUCUGUUGUGUCUAGCUCUGCUAUACAUUUUCUUGAAAGCAGUGCCCAUAGUGGGCAGGCUUCUUCUAGUAUCCAACAAGCACACGGACUUGGGGCUGGACACGGUGCUACGGUGAGCACAUCUAUUGCCGAGCAGCCCUCUAAAGAGGCUCUGUCGAGAGGAGGAGCUCAGUAUGUGAAAAUUAAGCUACACAAAAGACCAGCUUGGGCCCCGCAUCCUCUAACAUCUCAUCACGAAGGCCAGGGCCAGUCCUUCGCUAGUGUAGCUAGCAGCUCUUCCCAUGCACAACACGGACAGGUAAACGCACCUGUUGAAGCCAGACGUGAACAAGCCCCCCAGAGCAACAACUGGAGUGUUCAGUCAGUGUCGGGCAGAGAUGGCUAUGGCCUUGACAAACCUAAGACUAGGGAGCAGGGUGAGCCAGUCCAAAGCCAGUACAGACCAUAUAAAGUGAUCCAUGCCAGCAACACUCUUGCUAUGGGACAACCCACUGACGCAGGAAGCUCUGUGCCAGAAGGCCACCAAGGGCUCAAAAAUGCAGACCCUCAAGUGGUUGCCAGACCAGACGGCUUAUUUGAUCCACAUAGAAGCGCUGGUGACGUCCGGAAAACCACAAGGGUCAUCCCUCAGUACAGCAGCAGUAGUAGCAGUAGCAGCGCUAAGCCUGGAUGGAAUACAAAUGUGAAGACAACUAGUCAACCUCAGGGUUUCAGACCGAAUGGCAUUGAGAAUUCAAAAAGUCCUGUUCAGACUAAACCUAGCUGGGCCAGUUCUGGUGUGGGCGAGAGUGGCCCCAGGCAAACUCAGCUCUCACCUGUGUGGCAUCAGUUCACCAACUCCCAUUCCCAGAGCCAACCAGGUCCAGAGCCAACAAGAGGAGUCAGUGGUGCAACUCGUGUGCCCCAGCAGGUGAUGAAUAGUGGCUAUGCUACGGAAUUAAGCUCAGCGGCUCGUUGGCAGACACGCAAAGUCCCCAAGCCCGGUCACGUUUCAACAGGCGCCUACAACCGAGUUGGCGCAGGUGCGAUCCAAAGUUCUGGUCGGAAAGAAAAUACCUGGAAAGGCGCGGGACUUGCUGCCAUUAUUACAGGCAAGGCCGACUACGGUCCGAAAUUUGCCCGUCCGAGCUCGUUCGGCUCUCUGAGUGGAGGAUCCGCUCCAAGCCAGGGUGUUGGCAAAAGCAUUCAAAUUCAAACCAGGCAUGGCUAUGUUGACGUACCGUUUCUUUACAGCCCUUUUCCAGGUCAUUUGCGACCUUCGAGUCGCACUGGGCCUAGACUGAACCCCGAUAUUCUGAGAAGACUGUCUGAGGUGGAUCAGAACAUGGCCCGUUUGACUCAAACCGAAAGUUCCACGAGUAGCUAUGUAGUUGGCACACGUAUGCAAUUGUCUGCCGGCUCCCAGAGCAGAAACCCCGUAAGACCCCGAAACCCCAGGAAGUUCAAGCCUGUCAGCCUGGCUGACAUUGGUGGAAGUGUUGUUAUCAAAUCAAAAAAGAGGACUCGGUCUGCACGAGAAUUGAAUGACUCUGCUGCUUUACCACGCCCAGGGAAGACUGUUGAUGGUCAAUUGUCUGAUGUUAAUAAUGGUGUUGACCAUGUCUAGACCAUUUCUAUCCACAGACGCUGUCCAAAAACACAAGUGUUGGCCACGGUCCAUCUGGAGGGGACCAUGAAUUUCACCAUGAAUCCUCCAGAGCCUUGGAUGGCACAAUUCUGAAACCUUGAAAUGAGUGGGCACGCGCGCACACACACGGAACGCCCUCUUGUGCGUCUGUUUUGAAGUUCUGCACAGGCACAGCUUGACCUGCUGGCUCCCUCUGAUGCUAUGGAACGCGUUUGUUUUCAAAGAUGUUCUUUUAGAGUUGUCCAAUGGCUAUGCAGGUAAUCCCAUUAUUAAUUUAUUCAUGAACAAUGACUGGUCCGGUUGGUCUCGCUGAAGUCUGUCCACAGGGAAUGCUUUGGAUGGAGCUGAAGGCAAACUACCUGGAUAGGACUCCGGCUUGGACUGACAGAUGGUCUUUUUGUCAUCCUGCUUUGCUUAUUGUUGCUGAAAUGAUUCAUGAAGAAUGAUUCUGAAUGCUUCUGUGAAACUGUCCCAAAUCGGUGCUACAAUAAAUAAUUUGAACCUCAA